CAUGCGCAGUGCGUAUGAAACGCAGAAGAACGAAGGGGAUCUUAGAAAAUGACUUGUUUACGAACAUUUGUCAUAAAUUUAGUGUUCGCUAUUUUGCCUACACACUUAAACCACUUUAAACAAGUUGUAAAUUAGCGUCGUGCACGAAGACAACGUUUAAUUUUGUCAGUACAUAGACAAAUAUAGCAAAUUUCAUCACAUUUUAUGCUGUGGAUGGUAAUUACGCCGUGGUCCCUAAACAGCACGUUUGCUUCCGCAGCACAAGCUACGUAAUUUAAAGAAACCUCUCUGUUUGAUGCAGAAUGGGUGGGUUUAAAGACACGUACCAAGACGUUCAACCAGUAACCCUUCGAAUUGCAGAAGAAAAUGUCACUUCCAGUCUCUACUGCAGCUCAGCCGAGGGCAUUGAAGCUCAUGUGUCCACUUUAGUGGAAGCUUUCUUAGUUGAAGUAUACCGAUGUAGAGUCUGUCAAUUUACCAGCAACCAAAAAGCCAAGAUUAGCCAUCAUGUCAUGGAAAGACAUGAUCCAGUGUCCCCAUGCCCCCAUCUGCCAUGUCUGGAGAAAGAGGAUGAGGAGAGUUUGGGCGUAGGAAUGAGGGUUGAUGAUGAAGAGGAGGUCGAUCACAACAGCUCUCCAUACGACCUAGACAGCGACCUCCAUUCUGGCUCAAAAAGCAACGAGGAUCAGAUGGACAUGGAGCGGAUGUCUUUCCUCCUCCCGAUGUACAGCAUGUUUCAAAACAUCAGCCCACGGUCAUGUGACAUUGGCCUGGGCUCCAACUCUGAUGGCAACUUGCAUGUGGCACAAACUUGUGAGGUGAGCACACUCUUUGAGGAGGGUAGGCAUGAUGAAGACAGCGAGGAGGAACCUGUGUUUCAGCUGGAGGAUGCUAGCACAGAUCUGGCUGUUCCUUUGAACAGCGGAAUGAACACAGAGGUUCAGGAUGAGGAGAUGGCCCAGUCGGCUCAUCUCAUGACUCUUGGGUUGUGCCGAAUCUCCAGCACUAAGUGUCAAUCUCAGUCUGUGAAUUCAGCGAAAAGCCUCUCCCAUCCAGAAGGUGAGCAGGAUGCUGGAGAUGCCAGCAUUGAAGCUGAAAUGCAGAAGCCAUCCGAGGAGGAUGGCGGAUUGGCCUGCAUCCUCUGCCAGACAGUUGCAUCCAGUCGUAGCAUGCUAGAGGUGCACCUGAAAUGCCAUAGUGGAGACCAAGGCUUCAGGUGCCCUCGCUGCGGUUGCGAAUCAGAGGAGUGGGUUGAUAUGGAGCAACACUGGAGGGGACAUGGAAAAAGAAAAGGCACAAAGAGGCAUAAAUGUAGUGUUUGCCCCAGGACAUUUAGAAGAGCUGAUUCUCGUGAAGCACAUGAAGAAAGGCAUAAUCAGCGGCAUCACUGUCGAUCUGAGUCUGGGGGGCUAGUUCAGUGUUCUCUGUGCCUGGAAUGGUGUCACUCAGGGAAGGAGUGGGAAAUACACCAACAAUGUCAUUUUCAAGGAGGAUUUAAAUGCUUACACUGUGAUUUCGAAGAGAAGUCGUGGAAGAAAACUCUGAAGCAUAUUCACACUCAACACCAACAGGCCGAUAAAAAUCAAGAGAAACAGAUUGCUCACAGUAUAGAAAACCAGCAACUUAACACAUCCACCAAAUACCCAGAAUGCCUCAGAGGUAUGAAGCCAGAGUCAUGGUCCCAGGUUAGGAAGAAGAGGUUGAAAAACAGGAUUGUGGGAAGGGAAAAAAGCAAUGAAGGAGGAAAGGACAGAAUGGGUCACCUGAAGGGUGAGACAGCUGUUGGACUCACUGUUUCCAGACGGAAAGAGUUCUGCUGCAACCUCUGUGACAAGAAGUUUUCCACCAAGUUGACCAUGCGGCGUCACAUGGGCAUUCAUCAAGGAGAUAAGCCAUUUAAGUGCCCACACUGCCACUACUGCACUCGUCUCAAAGCCUCGCUCAAACAGCACCUCCGCGUCCACACAGGUGAGAAGCCAUACAAGUGUUCGCAGUGCGCCUAUGCUUCUAUUGACAGAAGCUCUCUGCGCCGACACUCAAGGACGCACACACAAGAAAAGCCUUACUGCUGCCAGUACUGUCCAUACAGCAGCAUCCAGAAGAAGAGCUUAGACCUCCAUUCACGCCGUCAUCACACAGGAGAGUCAUUCCCCUGUCACCUGUGCCAGUAUUCCACACCAGACCGCCAGCUUCUGGUGCGACACAUGAGGAAACAUCACAGUGCCGAACAAACCGCUGCACUGGGGCAGAGGAACAGCUCUGGUUCUGGCUCCCAAACCGCUCCUUCUCAAAGAGCACGGACAUCCAAAUGAUAUUUAUAGUUGAUUUGUAAAUAAAAUUGAUUUUUUUA